UUAUUUUUGCCGAGCCGUCUCGACAACUGUUGUUCUAAUUAGUACUUCCGCGAAAACGUCCCAAGCUGUCAGUAAAGUGUAGAAGACUACCAAGGUACAUACAUCCUAGUGAUGACCCUGUCUGCGUCUCUGCCUGCUGAUCAGGGUAAAAUGUACAAGCGAUGACAUCAUCUGCGUCUUUGCCUGUAAAGGGAUAAACAUCCUUCCUAGUGAUGAUGUUGUCUGCAUCUUUGCCUGUUGCCUCUUGGAGGUUCCUUUGACACCAUUGGAGUUGUGUGCCUUGUGGACUAGCUAGUGAGGAUGUUGUCUGCGUCUUUGCCUGUUGGAGAUUACUUUUACACCAUUGGAGUUGUGUGCCUUGUGGACUAGCUAGAAUUCAUCCAUUCGGAGUAAUGAUAACUAUGAAGCCUUCUUCAUGUAUAUUAAGCUUGUGUUCAAGACUAGUGAGGACCAAAACCAGGAAAUCUGAUCACUUCAAGAUGCAAAUGACAUUCAGUUGUUUAUACAUGGAAAAACACCAUUUCUCUUACUCAAUGAAAUCUCCAAAAUCUACACAUCAUCUUAUAAGGGAAAUGACUGAGGUGUCUCGAGAUCAUUUGUCCCCAGAGAUUGGCCUUCACCUUGUUACUCCAAACUGUCCCUUAUGGCACAGCAGAGGAGAUCAAUGUCCACUCCCUGAUCCUUUCUGGGCAUUUUAUUGGCCAGGAGGACAGGCCCUUACCAGGUUUAUCCUCGACAAUGCUGACCUGUUCUGUGGUAGGACAGUGGUGGAUGUAGGAUGUGGGUGUGGAGCUUCCUCAAUAGCCUGUCGGAUGGUUGGUGCAUCUCACGUGAUAGCAAAUGACAUUGACACAGUGGCAGCAGAUGCAAUAUCAUUAAAUGCGGACUUGAACAGGGUUUCUUUAACUACAGUAACCACCAAUCUCAUUGGUAGCCAUAACAACAGAUGGGACAUAGUGUUGCUAGGAGAUAUGUUCUAUGACAUGGAAUUUGCAGAGACCAUCACAAAGUGGGUGAUCUCCCUUCACAGUCACGGUGUUAGUGUGUUUAUAGGAGACCCAGGCCGACUACCCUUGGUCCAACAUCCACUUAAAGCUGAUUUAAAGAUGGUGGCAGAAUAUCCUCUUCCUGAAAACUGUCUGAAGGAAAACAAUGGCCUGUCUUCUGGGUUUGUUUGGAAAUAUGAACAGGAAGUUAUAUGAAAAUUGUGUCAUUUUACUUAAUUGUUAUUUUUGUUAAAUAAAUUGAAACAUUUUAC